UGUUGAAGGUUCUGACACUAUGAGGUGUGCAGAGGCACUCCUCCUCCUACUUGGAGUUUUUCUGAUCCCAGGUAUCAGUUCUCAGGGUGACAGGAGCAGUAAUGGUCAAUCCUCCAUUGCAAACGAUUUAACCUUUGAUGAAUGCAGUGCAUAUGGAACUGGGUCCUUUAAAACCUACCAAGGAACUCUCCAUUACUUGAAUUCAACUUGUGAGUUAGUGCUGAGCCGCUUCAACUUUCCUGACAGCAGUGCUGAGUUUGACAUUAAUAUCCAGCGAGAUCGCAAUGGUUACUUUACCCUAGUACAGAUCACCGUGGACAAGCUUGACACUGUUAUUAAAAAUGGUGUAAUAUCAGUUGAUGGACAAAGCAUUUCUCUUCCUUAUGACCAGAAAACAAUUCAUAUAUAUAAUUAUGGCAUUUACAAAAUACUGGAGAGCAGAAGACAUUUUCUGAAAGUGUAUUGGGAAACCCAAGGAAGCACCAUAGUUAAAGUAUGGGUUCAGCUACGUUCUGAUUACCGUGGGAAAACAGCAGGAUUGUGUGGAAACUACCAAACAGAUGACAGUAAUCUUGGAGCGCUGUUCCAGCAGAGUAAAGUUCCUAGUACCAAUGAAUGUCAAACAUUACCUGAACCAGCAAACUGUCAAAAAACCAAAAUGACAUGUCAAGAUAUUAUAUCUAAGCAUUUUAUGAGCUACUGCCUAAGGGACAACUUCCAGAGCUAUGUUGAUCAGUGUGGAGUAGAUUCUUGCAGCUGUGCUAACCAAGCUCAAUGUCAGUGUGCAUUCUAUGAGGAAAUAGCUCGUCAGUGCCCCCCUGGAAAUCUCAGAGACCUAUUGAAUGCCAGAUCAGUGAACUGGAGAAAAGAAGCAAAUUGCAUGCAACCUUCCUGUUCUGGGAAUAUGAUAUAUGCAGAAGUUGGUCUUGCCAUUCCCACAACCUGCUCCAACCCACUUCCCUCUGAUCUGACAGAAACACAAACUUGCCAGUGUCCUGACGGCACAAUUCUUGAUAACCUUGGAAGAAAAGGCAAUUGUGUGAAGCAAGGGCAAUGUCCAUGUGAAUAUAAUGGUGGUGUUUACCAAUCAGGAAAAGGCAGAGUGUCAUUUUGUGAGUCAUGUACUUGCAAUGGUGGACAAUGGAAUUGCCAGCAGAAAAAAUGCACAUCUCGUUGCAAAAUUGAAAGUGGCUCCUUCAUCACAACAUUUGAUGGCAAAUCCUACACUGUGAAUGGAAACUGCAAAUUUAUCAUAGCAAUGGGCCAGCUCCCCAACUGGACUCUUACAGCUGACUUAAGUGACUGUAACAAGGGGAGAUGUAUCACUGAAGUUAAACUUUUAUAUAAUACGACUGUGUACAGUAUUUCUCCUCAAAAUGUUUUAGCUGGAUCGAAUGUGGUCACUUAUAACUAUGGCACAGAUGAUGUGGUUAUCUUUUGGCAGUCUUCCCAGUAUGUUCAAGUACUGACAGGAUUUGGUAUGAACCUGCAGGUUCAGGUGGAUCCUGUCAUGCAGCUCUAUGUGACAUUACCUGAGGAUGCAAAGGGCUCCACCAAAGGUCUCUGUGGCACCUUCAAUGGCAUUGUUACAGAUGAAUUUAUGGCAAGUAAUGGUAUUGUGGAACUAACAGCCGAUUCCUUUGCCAAAUCCUGGGCAACACUGCCAGGGCAAUGCGAACUUGUACCACCAAAACCGUGCAUCAGAUCAGACAAUGAAAAAUAUGCAAAUGAAAACUGUGCUGCUCUCAAGGAUCCUAAUGGAGUGUUUGCCCAAUGCCAUGCUUUUGUUGAAUAUGAUAGUUAUCUCAAACAAUGUAUUACCACUACCUGUCCUUGUGACAAUGCUGAAGAAUGCUUGUGUGUUGCUUUGGAUAACUAUGCAAAAGCUUGUGCUGCAAAGGGUCUGAUUUUGCCCAAAUGGAGGAAAGACCAGUGUGUACCUUCAUGCCCUCCCAAUCAGAUAUUCUCUUAUAACAUGGUGUCCUGCAAUCGUACCUGCAAGUCCCUUUCAGGGAAUGAUGUUGCGUGUGACAUGGAAGGCAUUGCAGUUGAUGGCUGUGGCUGCUUGGAGGGGCUAUAUAUGAAUGACAAUGGAAAUUGUGUUUCAAAAUUAGAAUGUCCAUGCUACUAUGAAGGAAAAAAUGUGAACCCAGGGAAGGCAAUUAUUAAUGGACAAGAAUGUGAUUGUGAGAAUGGACUCCUGACAUGUCCACCACCAAUUGAGUGCGGAGAAAACCAAGUAUAUAUAAAUUGCUGGGAGCAGCACUAUUUCACAUCUGACAGAACAUGCUCCAGUUUAUCUUUACCUAUCUUAAAUACAAUAUGUGUAAGUGGGUGCUAUUGCCUGGAAGGAUUUUAUAAAGACUCUACAGGUACAUGUGUUCCUCUAGAUCAGUGCCCCUGUAUCUUUGGAAGUGAAGUAUACAAUCCAGGAGACAGCGUUCAAAUUGAAUGUAAUACAUGCACUUGUAGCCAAGGAACAUGGGCCUGCACAGAAUAUGAAUGUCCAGGAAAAUGCCAGGUUUAUGGUGAUGGACACUUUCAGACAUUUGAUAUGAAAUGGUACAGCUUUGAUGGAAACUGUGAAUAUACCUUAGUCGAGGACUAUUGUGGCAAAUCAAAAGGCUCAUUCCGGAUAACAACUGAAAGUGUUCCCUGCUGUGAAGAAGCACUUACAUGUUCAAGAGCAGUGAAAAUUUCAUUCCAGAAUAAAGAACUAGAACUGAGAGAUUUGAAACUGACAGAAAAGACAACUGAUCUGGACCAGAGUACAGAAACAGAUAUCUAUUACGCUGUUCACACAGUUGGAUUAUACCUGAUUAUCACAGUCUCCAAUGGAAUAACAUUGCUAUGGGACAAACACACACGUGUCACUGUUUUGCUGACAUCCAAGUGGAAGAAUAAAGUUUGCGGCCUGUGUGGAAAUUUUGAUGGAAACUCUAUAAAUGAACUUCAGACUAGAUGGAACUCUGUGGUGACGAAUACCUUGGAAUUUGGCAAUAGCUGGAAAGUUAAACAAUGUUCUGACACUCUAAACCAAACAUUUCCUUGUGAAAAACACUGGUACUGUACAGCCUGGGCCCAGCGAAGGUGUGGCAUCAUUAAAGAUACAGUCUUUCAAGCGUGUCAUAAAAAGGUGGAUCCUCAGCCUUACUAUGAUGUGUGUGUACAAGAGUCAUGUGUAUGUGAAAUGGAAGGAAGAUUCCUAGGUUUUUGUACUGCUGUGGCUGCAUAUGCAGAGGCUUGCAAUGAAGCUGAAGUCUGCGUAAAAUGGAGAACACCUGACCUCUGCCCGGUCUACUGUGAUUACUACAAUGAGCCUGGGACGUGUAGUUGGCAUUAUGAACCUUGUGGAACACGGGCGGCGAAGACAUGCAGCAGUAACAGUGUUCAAGAGUUCUAUUCGGCAAAGCUUGAAGGCUGCUAUGCAAAAUGCCAAGAGGAAACACCCUACCUUGAUGAAAACACAAUGAAAUGCACAACUUUGGAAAGAUGUACCUGUUAUUAUAAUGGAGUUACUGUUCAGCCAGGUGAAGAAAUUCAAAAGGAUACUGAGAUCUGCUGCAUAUUUUAUGAUGGUACAAGUUAA